GAAGCCUUCAAAUUCUGGCGGCAUUGUUUCGGGUUCUAUUUCCCAGAAGAGAGAACAACAGAUCGAUCGAGUAGUGUGGUGGCGAAUUAAUAGAGUAAUUAUUGAUGGCGAUCCAGUGGGUUCCACAUCUUCUGUGUUUCCGUCCAGCAGGUGAAAACCAAGGAGGAUCCGGAUCCGGAUCCGGAUUUGAUUUGAUCUCAGAUGAUAUCUUGAUCGACAUUCUGAGGCGGCUCCCGGCGGACGCCAUUCUGCAGUGUCGCAAGGUGUGCAGGCACUGGAGGACUCUCACCUCAUCCACCCACUUCAUCAACCUCCAACACCAAACAGCCCCCUCCCUUCUUCUCGUCCAAUGCCAACCACGCCUCGGUUUUCUCGCCACGAGAAGAGACUAUUUCGUCUACGAUGCGCCUGCCAAGAAGUUGGUCAAGAUCCCCUUCCGGUCCAAGUUCGGCUUCAAGGGCCCCGACCCAGGAAUAAGAACCGAAUUCCUCUCUUUACACGACGCCUCCGGUCCCUUGCUUCACAUUAGAGCUUCGGGACACCUCUUCGUCUGGGAAAGCAGCUUUGCUUUCAACCUCAUUACCCGGCAAGUACAAGCUAUACAAGACAGAACGAUGUGCGACCGCGUGUACGGCAUAUUCUUUAACGAGGCUAGAAACGAGUACAACCAUCUGAGCCUGUGCUGUCCUUCUCAUCCUCUUCCUACUGAUGCCAUAAUGCCUCGCCGGUUUUAUUCCAGACAUGCUCCACUCAGAGCGCAGUCGUCGCGAACCGGGCCGUGUUCCUGAUGGCGGAGCGCGUUCAUGAGCGGGGCAUCAACCACUGCAUGAACGCGGUACUGGUGUUUGAGAUGGACUCUGGAAAGUUCCACACCAGGCCUCAUCCGAGAUUCGGGUUCCCCCAUGUUACAUGUCUCCAUUUCAGCCCGUACUCGUACUUGUUCGUCCAUGAUGGCCGUUUGCGUUUCUGCCUUAGUGACAGGCACCGGGGGCUACUCUACAUAUGGACUUUGGUGGACUACGCAAAGUGGUCGUGGGUCCGGAUGGGCCCCACAAUUAGUCUCCUUCACCCGGGGAGACCUACGUAUGGGGAUCGUUUCGCAAUCUGUAGCGUGCGGAAGGAUGAGUUGUUGGUGUGUUGGGUUCCGUCGCUAUUCCUCGUCAACUUGAAGGAGGGGAGCGUUGAAGAAAUAGACGUGCCACACAAAUGGCGGCGUUACAGUCUUUCUUUUCUUCCUUACCGGAGCACGCUCGCAGCUCCACAUCUACGCGGGGACAAAGGGAAA